UCAUCCCGUUAGCUGUCCCGGUAGGAGCUUCUUUGCUUAUUGUCGCCACGCAGUCUUUAAUAAAAUACAACAACAACAACAAUAACUAUGUCGGUGUUUUGUGAGGUCCCACAGGCAGCCCCUGUAGCUGUCUUCAAGCUGUCGCAGGAUUUCAAUAACGACCAGUUUCCCAAUAAGGUGAACCUCGGAGUGGGAGCCUACCGGACAGAUGAGGGCAAGCCAUGGGUUUUGCCAGUGGUUAAAAAGGUUGAAAAGGUCAUCGUGCAUGAUGACAGUCUUAACCAUGAGUACCUGCCCAUCCUGGGCCUGCCUGACUUUAGAUCCUCGGCUUCUAAGAUCGCACUUGGAGAAGACAGUCCUGCCAUCCAGGAGAACAGGGUGGGGGCUGUCCAAUGUCUGGGUGGUACAGGUGCUCUGAAGAUGGGCGCAGAAUUUCUCACCCGUUUCUACAAUGGAAACAACAACACCAAAACACCCGUCUAUGUGUCCGCACCUACCUGGGAAAAUCACAAUGCUGUAUUCGCCAAUGCUGGCUUUGAGGAUGUCCGUCCAUACAAGUACUGGGACGCAGAGAAUAGGGGCCUCCAUUUUGCUGGUUUCCUUGGAGACCUGGAGAGUUGUCCAGAGCGCUCUAUCUUUGUGCUGCAUGCAUGUGCCCAUAAUCCAACUGGCACAGACCCCACACAAGAGCAAUGGAUGCAGAUUGCAGAAAUUAUGAUGAGGAGGAAGCUGUUUGUGUUCUUUGACUCUGCUUAUCAGGGAUUCGCCUCAGGCUGUCUGGAUAAAGACGCCUGGGCGGUCCGCUACUUUGUCUCCAUGGGCUUUGAAAUGUUCUGUGCCCAGUCGUUCUCCAAGAACUUUGGCCUCUACAAUGAGCGUGUGGGCAACCUCACCAUUGUGGCUCAUGAUGCAGAAAACCUGAAGCGAGUUCUGUCCCAGAUGGAGAAGAUCGUCAGGACCACUUGGUCCAACCCACCGUCUCAGGGAGCUCGCAUUGUUGCCAUCACUCUUAAUUCACCUGAGCUCUUUACUGAAUGGAAGGACAAUGUGAAGACCAUGGCUGACAGGGUUUUGUUGAUGAGGGCUCAGCUGAAAGCUAAGCUUCAAGCUCUGGGGACACCGGGCACCUGGGACCACAUCACAGAGCAGAUUGGCAUGUUCAGCUUCACAGGCCUCAACCCCAAACAAGUGGAGUACAUGGUGAAGGAGAGACACAUCUACUUAAUGGCCAGUGGUCGCAUCAACAUGUGCGGUUUGACCAGCAAGAACAUAGACUACGUUGCUGAGUCCAUCCAUGAUGCCGUCACCAAGGUCCAGUAGAAGACUACAUUACCCACAGUUCUAAGUUCUUCCUCCUGCCCGGCCCUGAGCCACCUGAUUCCAGUGUUUGUAUCCAGUAGAUUUCCUGGAGAAAACUUCAAACUCUUAUUUGCACAAACAUAAACACCUUUCGGCUCACUGGCCUCGUUUCCCCUUCCUUUCAGUGUUUAUGCUAAGCUAGGCUAAACACUUCUUAGAUCUAUUUCGAUCUGAACGCACAAAUGGGAAUUAUUCCGUCUAGUAAUUAUGUUAAUAAUUUGUCCCUGUUUUCUUCGUGUUGGUCUCCCGUUUAUAGUUUGUACUUUGUGUGACAUCACAGAAGUUCUACAUGUAUGAUACUUUUUGUGUAUGUGUCAUCACCAGAACCUUUGCGUGGGUCAGUACAUCUGUGACUGUGUUACACUCACCCAGGCAGUGCUGACGCAACUGUCUAAAAAUGUUCAAUGUCAUACUGUUAUGAUUCAUCCAUUCCAAGUGUUAGAAACACAUUUCCAAUUUUAUUCAACCUGCAGUAAUUAGCACUUAUUAUUAACUACUGUUUAGAGCACAGACCAAACUGACUCAAUGUAGCUUUAAUCAAUGAUUAAUGUUAACUAUUUACCUCCUCUAUCAUGAGAGAAGUUGCAAUAUUAUGUUUAUUGCUCUAUGUAAUGCGAACAAGAGAUGAGUGUUCUCAGGAAGAUAUUUUAACUUGAACUAUGUAAUUUAUUAAUAAUACUGUCCGAGUGUUUUUAUUUCUAGUUUGUGUCGAGUGAGCACAAAUGGCAACAAACUAUUCAACCAUGUGUCCUGACUCCAGAGUGAACUCUGUUUUCACGGCUGAAUGUUUGGAUGUUUCUGGUUGCGUCUGGCACCUACCGAGUUAAUGUUGAGUUUGCACACUGAUUGUCUGUCGGUAGCACUAGUGCACAAUUAUUUAAGACCCGGGGGUCAGGGGCACUAACACAUUAAUGAUCAACCAGUUUGCUAUCGUAUCACUGUGCACAAUACACCUAUAAAGCAGUCAUAAUGUUAAGGAAAUGAAGCCAAUUUGAUGAUCAACUACUGUAAUAAAGAACUAUAAAUAGCA